AUGUGUAAGCGGCUUGGCCAGUUGCUUCCGUCAGCGAUAGCCUGGUCGUUGAUCGUUAUUUGUACGCUUUGUUUUUACUACUUUCUUGCACCUGCCGUUGCAGUACGAUGGGGCUGGUAUGGAUGGUCCUUGUGCGGUGUCGAUCUCAUCAUUUUCCUUAUGGUGAUCUCGAAUCUAGUUAUGGCGAUGUGCAUGGAUCCGGGCAUUCAUCCUUACGGGUAUGCUACUGAGGAAAUGACAACCGACGACUUUCGAUCACCGCUGUAUAAGAACGUUGAAAUAAACGGUAUAACGGUACGCAUGAAGUGGUGCGUGACGUGUCAGUUCUAUCGACCACCCAGGUCGAGUCAUUGCUCCGUAUGUAAUCGAUGCAUUGAUACAUUCGAUCAUCAUUGUCCGUGGGUUCAUAAUUUAUUGUUGUGUGAUAAUUAUGGUACCGAAAAGGAUAUUCUGAGCAGACCUAAUUUAUGCUCAAUCGUUCUACUGGCGUUAUGUGCUAUAUUGGCAGUACCUGUAGUAGGUCUUACAGUUUUCCACAUUGUUCUCGUUUCUCGUGGGCGAACUACGAAUGAACAAGUGACUGGAAAGUUCCAAUCCGGGUACAAUCCGUUCACGAUUGGGUGCAUUGGAAAUAUUCGUCGAACUUUAUGCGGUAGUCAGUUUCCAUCACGGAGUAAAGGACGGUCACAUUCGAGUAAAUAUUAUUUUUAUCUGUUUCGUGAUUUAAAACAGCUACGACUAGCUGACAGCCAAUCAGUUGGAACGUCACUGUCGUUGACGGGAGCAGAUCCGCCAUCUCACAGAGAUCGUGACGGUUCCACGUGCAAUCUCUUUGAUUCUGCGCAAGGUAUGUCGUAA